AUGGGGACCACCGACCUACUACUUUCAGUCUUCGGGUGGACAUUUAUCCCCGACUUUGCCACUAAACACCUUCUCAAUUUCGUGUACUAUCAGUCCCCAUUUCGAAUUGUCGCUGCGCCUCCACCAGGUAGCCCAAAGCAUAGAAGACACUAUGCCAUCACAUACGCCGUGGUUAUUUUCUCUUACCUCUCCUACACCCUCUUUCAAUCUGCACGUACGAUGCCACCAAAUUUCUACCAGAUUUUGGGUGUCCCACCCGACGUGGACGAGAACGGACUCAAGUUCGCGUUCAGAGCGUUUGCAAAAAGGUAUCAUCCGGAUAAGCCGGGUGUGGGGAAGGACGGAGAACUGCUGUUCAUGUAUGUGAGGGAUGCCUUUGAGGCACUCAAGGACCCUGUGGUGCGCUUUGCUUAUGACAGGUUUGGACCCGACGUCCUAGGGUGGCGGAAUCAAUGUAAAACAACGCGCGAAUUCGUGCGGCAUGGUCUCUUGGUAUCGUCUGGAUACCAUAUUGUGGCCGGUAUCAUUUUGCUCUUCAUGUCCGCUAUAGGACGCCCUAGCGUCAUCUCCUUCUGGCGCUACGUCUUAUUCGCGGCUUUACUAGCUGGCGAAUUGUCCUUCAUCCUGUCACCAUUCCCCGCUUCGCAAUCAAGCAUCCAUCCUCCUUCCCCAUCCCUUUUCUCUUUCCUUGGUUCGUCUGUCCAACCAUCAGAAACCGCUGCCCUAUCGCUUGCCAGAAAUAUGGCGCCUAGGUCGUUCUUGCAAACCAUUUUCCCCAAUCGCAUCCCGUACCAGCACAUCCUAUUCCUGCACCAGGUCUUCAUGUUCAUGAGCGUCGCUGUCAGCAGGGUCUAUCCACGGUUCGUAACGAUGUUCAGUGAGGACGGAAGCGGGGAGUCGAAGCAACUCGAUGCCCUGGAGAAGGCGGUUUGGGAGAGGGUGUAUGGCACGCUCGCCAUCGCUGAUCGCGAAGCUUCCGUCAUAUUGCACACUGUUCUCCGUUCAAUCAUGCCUUCCAACUCACCUACGCCCGCGCAGCCAUAUCAUGACCCGACCCUAGCACGCAUGCACCCACUCUCCCCGAGUCAGACACUCGAGGCGCUGGAAAAAGUCUCACCUACAAUCAGAGACCUCAUUAUCGAAGCGAACAUCAAAAAUCAGACAGCGGGGCCGAUUGCAGUUGCAUGGGAUGCUGCCCUCCGCAAGGCGUUGGAUGCGCUCAUAUUAGAGGCCCGGACUAACAGCACCGCUGCUCAGGCGCAAACAAACAUGGACGGGGCUGGGGUAGCUGAGACCUCAAGCCCCACCGUCUCCGCUGCUGCUGUGCCAAUUACACCCCGCGCGAAGAACUUCUGGGAGAAAGACACUGCUUCCGAGGCCGAUGAUCUUGUCACACUCGUUUCUGAAAGCGACACGACGUUGGUGAAUAAGGGCUCGGAGUCGCGUCCUGCGAGUCCGCACAAGACUCUGGGUCGCGUGCCCUCGACGCCUCGCUUGGCCAGCGGAGGAAGUGGGAGGGUGAGUCCUACAAAGUCGCAUUCACCUGUGAGGAAGGCAUCCUUCGGGGGUGGAGCUGGAGAGUUUUGA